UAGCUUUGUUUCCAUAGCAGUUUAUGUUAUCUAGCUAAAUAAUUACUGCUCGUAGUGAUCGUGUAAUUUUUUUUAAACGAAUUAUCUAUUUAUUGUUUUAGUUUGCUGACGAGUCUUCGCUUGUUAGCUGGCAAGUUAGUUUUGGCAACUAAAAGUUGUAGGUUGGAAUUAUAUUUCUGAUUUCCGUGUCAAUGAGCACAGUGUAUCAGAGAGGAUCCUCAGUGAGAGCAGCUGGUGAGAUAAAUAAGUGCCUGGAGAAUGGAGUCUGGGUUAAAAAGGACAGUUUAGACCGGAUUCCGAAACCUCAAACACAGCUUUUGUUUAAUCUUGCCUUGCCAACCAAUGUCCUGAACCGAGCAACUCGAGUAGGUCCUCCAGGUCCUAUUGUGAUCGAGAAGCUUGUAGCUCAUCAGGACCGACAGGACGCUGGCGAGAGCUGUAGUAGCUCUUUACGCUUUUCCGUUCUCUCUGAGGAUCGACUCCAGGCUGCAGUGAGACUUGCCAAAAAAGACUUGCGGAGAAAACGACAGGAAUCCAUAAAUAGUCUAUCACACAAGACAAGAGCGAGGUCUCCAAGUCCAGAUAAGAAUAAACCUGACAGUCAGCAGAAUGCAAUUUCUUCUAAAACUAGGCAGAAGGCAGGAAGUCCAAAGAGUCAGGCAAAGUCGUGCAGACAGGUGCUUGUAUAUACUCCUCAGAAAAUCUUUCAGUCCUCCAAGGCUGAACAAGGGCAGUCUCCUCCAACCAGAGACCCUGAACUAAAAGCCGUCAGCAGUGAGCCACAGCUUAGCAGAGAGAUCCAGAAACUACAGAAAGUGAUGGAGACUUGCAUCCAAAGAAUAGAGCAGCUCGUGAAUAAAGGACAAGUAGUGGAGAGUGUGGAGCCGGAGGAGAAGCGCAGGAUUGAGAUCCGCCAGCAGGAGCAGGCGGCUCGCUCUGCUCGGAUUAUCUACGUUUUACAGCAGCAGGUGAAAGAAAUCCAGGAGGAUUUAGACAGGCUGCAUUCUCAGAGUAUAAGACCCACCAAUAAGUGCAGGGUGGUGAACAGGUUGGCAGCGGUUCAUCGUGGGGCAGUCCGUGCCAUGCAGGCAUUUAUUCAACAGCUGUCAGACCCAAUAGAAAGAAGAGUACCUGUCCAGUAUAAACAGCUGGCUCAGCUCAUACGCCAGCUCUCGCUCUGCUCUGCCAAGGUGGAGGUGGGCCAGGGCUCAACUAUACCAGAGACCGCACUGGACAUCCUGCAGAAGUUAGAAACACUGGACAUGGUGCUGAGUAAGCAAGAUAGUCAGCCGGAACCAUGUGUGCAGAGUCUCUCUCCUGUAAGAGAGAGGACUUCCAGGGUCAGUGGACGUGGCACGUCCCUUUCUUGGUUUUCCCAGGCCAAGAGUGCUAAAGCCACUCGACGACCAAAGAAAUCAUCAGCUUCAAAAAAGAACAGAAGAGCGGCAGGCCGACCUUUAAAAGCAGGACAAUUCUUGGAUCAAGAUCGUAAGGACAUUCUGAAGGCUGGGAUCCAGAACCUGAUGCGCAUGAGGGAACUGAGAGAGAGGAAGAGCUGGAGCAGGCCAGACAUGGACAUCCCUAAAUCCCCUAGUGGUUCAACCCAUCCAGACAAGAGCAAACUCAGCGUUCAUGUUUGUGAUGCUGGUUUCCAGCAACCCACUGUUUCAUCCAAGCUCAGAGAAAAUAAUUUACAACAGAAAGAGGCAUCCGUGCCCUGGAUCCCAACAUCUCCUCAUUCUCCUGUGAAACAACGCAGAGCUGUGUCCAGCAGACCAGAGCCGAAAUGUCUCUUCUCCCCAGUAAAGAACAACUCCUCCUCACAGCCCACGAGUGUGCAAGCCAAAAGCCAGAACCAGGGAAAGACCAGCACUGAAAAUGUCAGAGAUGCCCAAAAUGAGGCCCUCAGGGCUGAAGUGGGAGCAGAGCAAGUAACUCGAGAAAAACUCCAACCUCUGCUGGAUUGUGUGCAGCAGAUUGGUGAGGAUUGGGGCAAAAACAGUUCUCCUACACAGCAGAUGUUGGAGCAGGCUGCUAAUAAGACUGCAGUGAGUACAGAUGUGGAGGCCCCAGUUGGUGCUGUGCAGAGGGUGGACGGGGAGCAUGACGCACUACUGCAGGACCCCAUGCUGGACAAUAUGCUACUCCGUAUGGAGGAGAUAGAGAAAGACGAAGAGGAAGUGCGGCGGCGUUUUGCUAUGAUCUCCUACUCUGACCCUCUUCUCUGGGACAUAGACACAGGAACCCGGAGAAAACCAAAUAGCUCCAGGCCUGCAUCUCCACAACCCAUAAUACUGACCAAACCAGUCCAGAGACUCGCCACUACAGGAGACAUUGUCCUACAAAGGCCAGUGGAGACUGGUGUUGGGUCAGAAAGCUCCAUGCUGGAUGAGGAACCACCUGAUGCUGUUCCCGGCUGUCCGUCUACAGACCAAGCACAAAAGAAAGGAGCGAUUCAGCUGAAGGUCCCCUGCAGCAUUCAGAAGAACGUCCAGAGGUAUAGGGAGGAGUAUGAUUCCUACCUGCGCCUGGUUUCUCAUGCAGCAGUGGGCAGUUUUAACCCCUUGGCUAUAGCUGAAAGUUUGGCUGAGGAGCUGAUGAUGGAGGCUUUGGGUGACGUGGCAGCAGAGUUCCAGGAUGUUUGUGAAGAGUGUGCAGAUGCUAUCUUCACCUCAGAGUUUCUCCAGCCGAUUCAGUCUCCUUCUCAAUCUGUGUCGUAGCAGUGUGAACAAUAAAACAUAUUGAACUUUUCAUAAUGGGUGCUUUUUUUCCCCUUAGUGCUUUAGAUAGUGGAUCUCAGGAACACACAGAGUUUCAGCAUGGAGGUAAUGAAUGUGAAUCAUGCUCGUCUGUCCCACUUUUUAUUGGAUCAUAAAGUUAUCAUAAAUUUCCUCUUCCAUAUAGAACUCGAACUAGACCACUACAUUUUUCGUACACAAAUGAAUCAGUGGCCAGGCUCAAGGAUACUGGGGCUGUGUGGGUUUGAUUUUUAUAUUAUUAUUUCCAAUAUUGAUUUGCAUACCCUGAACUUGAGGGGCCCUGGGUCCUCCCUGCCACCAUUCCUGUUCCCAUUGACUUGAUGUUUUAUUGUCGUGAUUUUUAUGGUAUAAUUAAGUUGUAAGUUGUUAUACUGUGUUUAAAUUCAUUAAUAUGGGAGACAAGGUGGAAGAGGGAAGCAAGCUUGUCAUACUGUAGGUGAUAAGUACAGUAAUUGAAAGAAUUAGCCCUUAUUAUAGAAUGUGUGUAUAAAUGUGUGCUAUCUUGUCUAUAAAAUGUGAGAAUGUUUCAUUCAAAGGCUUCAUUUCUGGUGCCAUGCCAUGCUCAUUUUAAAUGAGUUAGUGCUUUAAUAAAAAUGUAUGAAGUAAAUAAACUAAUUCGUAGCCUAACUUAAUGAAUGAAUGAAUGAAAAAAAAGUUGAUUUUUCUCACCUUCCAACACGACAGUGUUUCUUGGUAGCUGUUCUUACAGUACAAGAAUCUCUAUGGUGACUGCAUUUCUUGGUGGACUUUCUGCCUGAUACUAAUCAUCUCAAUCUCUCAAGGAGUAUGGUAAUGUCGUGUGGUCUGUUGACAGAGAUUGCAAGAGGACAGCUGGCCCUUUUGAUUCUAUCUGUAUUCAUUUAGAGGUACCUGUGUACAGAAUAAAUUUGAUUGCUGA